AUGCAGGAAACAAAGAGAUGUGGAGGAAUUUAUGAUAAAAGAAUGUCAUCAGGUUUCCAAAUAAAACCAAAGACUGCAAUACAGAAAAGCAAGACAUCUUCGUCUCCUUCAUCUAGUUCUCCAGAUCUUGCGGUUAAGCCACAACCAAAGCCUAGUGAUAAACUUAACCCCAAAACUAUUGAUCCGUUUGGGGAUCAUUCAAAAGCUCCUUCUGCGUUUUCUGCCAUUUACUCUAAAGGUGGUAUACCUUGCAGGUUGGUUCAUGGCUCAGUAAAACACAAAUUACAGUGGGAAUGUCUUCCUGAAACUCUUCCAUUUGAUCCUCUUCUUAUUACUUUAGCUGAGGGUCUAAGAGAGACAAAACACCCAUAUACAUUUGUAUCCAAGGAGGGCUUUAAGGAAUUACUCUUGGUUGAAGAUGCUAUUGAAAAAGCAAUUCCCUUGUUGCCUCGUCUAGUUCCAGUGUUAAAGGCUGCUCUGGCCCAUUCAAACGGUGAAGUAUUUGAAAGAGGAUUGAAUGCUUUGGUACAGCUGAGUGCCAUUGUUGGCCCUGCUCUUAAUGAUCAGCUGAAACACCUACUCACAAGCAUUUCAAAGAGGUUAAUGGACAAGAAAUUCAAAGAGCAGAUCAUUGUUGCAUUACAAAAGCUAGAGCAGUAUGGUGGAAAGGAGAGUGUUGCUAUCAUCAAAUCUAAAAUUCCAACCUAUUGUUCCAUCUCCUCUUGAACGAGAGACCCAUCUAGUCAUUUACACUGCAUGGUGUGGUUGUGGGCGUCAGAAGCUG